AUGGAAAUGGUGGCAGCGCCUGCAGGAAGCGGGGCGCCACGGGAGGAGGAGGGCCCCGGAGGGGAGGCAGCUGCCGCGCUGCCCCAAGCCCCAACGAGUGGGCCUGGGGCUCGUCUCUCGAGGCUGCCUCUGGCGCGGGUGAAGGCCUUAGUGAAGGCGGACCCCGAUGUGAUGCUCGCGGAACAGGAAGCCAUCUUCAUUCUGGAGCAAGCCGCAGAACUGUUUGUGGAGACCAUUGCAAGAGAUGCCUACUGCUGUGCACAACAAGGAAAGAGGAAAACCCUCCAGAGGAGAGAUUUGGAUGAUGCAAUAGAAGCUGUGGAUGAAUUUGCUUUUCUGGAAGGUACUUUGGAUUGAUUGCUGAGCUGGGCACUUUCAUGAGUUUUCUCUGCAUCCUUCUGCUCUCCCCUCUCUGCAAACCUCAGCUUUGAAGAACAGAGUCUGUGCACACAUAUAUACUCUUCCUGUUCUACUUUUACCUGAGCUGGG